AUCGUUGACUCGUCAUUCUAUUGUAAAUUGUCUGUAACACCAUAAUAACUGCAAGGUCGUGACGAGUAGUGGGGACCAGUACACAAUUGCACUUGAUUUCAGUAAAUAGUAGUCAACAAACGUCGGAAAAACUAUGAAAUGUGAGGACGAAUGUGUGACGUAAAAAUUGGUAAACUGUUUUAGACAACGAAUUUUCGGUGUGUUUAAUCAGCUGGUCCUAAGGUUGUUGAAUAAAAUGUCUUAAAUCUUCUGUCAUUUCGUAGUUAGGUACUAUAUGAUGCACACGGAUUGAUCAUUAUCGUUUUUGUGUGUGUAUUAGUUUUGAUUGUGGCGUUCAGUAUGUAUUACAUAAUAAGCAAAGUAGUUUUGACUUCAGUGCUUUUCAUUUUUGGAAUCGAAGGAAUAAGCACAGAUUGUAACCAAGAUGAAUCGGCUAGUUUUGUUCGGUGGCCCGGAAUGACGCCAGAUCGGGCUGUUCCCGUUUUCAUGUACGCUGCGAGUGGUGGCGAGGAGUCUCUAACGGGAGCCUGUCUCAGGCGCUGUAGGGAAUUAGAAGACUGCGCCUCUGUCGUGGUCACAUAUGCCAAGGGCAACUGUCAGGGCCUUGCCUAUUCAGCGGUGACUAACCUCCACGCAGACAAUGAUAUCGCUUAUUUCACUAAAGUUUGCCUUAAAUUAUCCCAAGGAUGUGGAAAGAAAUGGUGGUCUAUGGAGAGCACCCCUGGCUAUUCAUUAAAUUCUGAAGGAACAAAUAUCAAAGUGCUUCCAAACAUUACCGUACAUGAUUGCUAUAAUGCUCUUUUCUCAUCAAAUGAAAGAAAGUAUAGGUCAGCGCAAUGGAUUGAGCCAAAUAGUCCUUUAGACACGUUAGUUGUGUCUGUGAGGGCGACAGGAGACUGCAUCUUGAACGGAGAAAAUAAAUUUACUGAACCCGAGUCAUACCGGGUAUCAAAUUACUAUACAUUUUAUAUAGAGAAUGAUUGUGAACAUGAUUAUCCAAAGAAAAUCGACAGAUGUUCGUAUGAGGAGUAUAAUAACCAGACACUUAAGCGAGUUGAUUUAAGUAUUCAUGAUACGACUAAGGAAGAGUGCAAAUCAGCAUGUGAGACCGAAGAGCGUUUUAUAUGUCGUGGGUUCACAUGGACGUCUAGACAGAGCCGCGGUCUCUGUGAUCUGCACAGUGAGGAUCUCAUUUCCACAGGUUCUUGGCUCUCAAGACGUGUAUCAGAAGCUACUUACUAUAGGCGGGUUAUUUGUCUAAACAUAUCUGUGGAUUGUGAAGAUUCUAAUAUGAUUGUGACAUACCGUCCACGUGGUAACUUCCGGGGUCGUAUGUACGUACCUGGCCAUGGUGAAAAGUGCAGUGCUCGAGCUAUUGCGGGUAUUGUGAAGUUAUCAUUACCUUUCUAUGGUGAUUGCGAUGUCAACUUUGCUUACGGCAUUUCUAAAGGACCCAAUGGAGUCGUAAAUAGGACCAUGGCAUAUGUUAUGUUGAUGAUCCAGAACAAUCCAAUCAUUCAGACUGCAGGUGAUAGAUGGGUGAGAGUUGGGUGCUCACCCGGGGCGGCGUCGCGUGGAUAUACCAAAGUUGAUGCUACGGUGUCUGUUCGAGAUGCCAGCAGGCCGUCACUAGUAAGCGAGACUAGUUCUGAAAGCGGUGCAAGCGCAGUUUACGGUGUAGGCGCAACUCCGCUGAGUAUGUAUAUAGUGCGAACUAGUACCGACAGCGGACUUAGUGCUGUCUCUCUAGGAGAACCACUUGAACUAAGAAUAGAAACCACAGAUGAUACAGAGAUAGAAGCCUAUCACUUGGUUGCAUCAUCAAGACUCGGUGACAGUUCUGUUUUGCUACUUGAUAGUAGAGGAUGCCCUACUGGACAGGUAGACUUUCCAGCAUUCACAAGAACGUUUGAAGGCAACACCCAGCGGCUGUCAGCGAAGUUCAAGGCAUUCCGGUUUCCGAACUCACAUGUCAUCAGAUUUUCUAUCAUGGUGCGAUUCUGUGAACUUAAAUGCGCACGGGUGAAUUGUGGAAAGCUUCAACAGUACCGGAGCUCUCGGCACAUCAAUAGCUCAUAUGAGUAUGAAGAUAGCGAGAUUGCCGCUGCCAUUACUCAGGAGAAAGCUUGGGCGCCCAACGUAGUGGCACAGGGUGGUACAGUUAUGUGCGCGGGCGGUGAUGGGCGGAUGCCUCUCGAGUUGGAAAUGGUGGUGGGCUCUAAAAAUAUCCUGUCUACUGAUACCCUUGUUAGAGCUGAUCAUCGAUCUUCUUCACCUGAUGAAAACCAUGUUAGUGACAGUGCAGUGAUAUGCGUCCAUGAACUGCUGUUGGUUGCGUUGGGUUUGGCGUGGCUCACAGUACAAGUCCUGCUUUUGCUGGGAUGUUGCGUCCUUGUCAAGAGGUAUAGAAAUUUAGCAGAAAUGAGUAUGCAGAAAGACUACAAUUCGUUCGACAAUAUUGGCUUCGAGACCUCAUCCACGCAUCGUAGAGUUCAUUGGCCAGAUCAACACAUAGACGUCCUUCAUACACAUUAAAAACAAAAGAUUUCUAGUUAUGUUUUGUUAUUAGGCGACCAAAGCUUUAUUCCAUGUGGGCCGGUACUUGUAAGAUAUCUCCUGGUGUGAUUACAACCGGGCUUUACAAAAUUAAGAAGAUAUUAAGGCAGACCAAGAAAAUUUAUAAUAUGUAC